AUGAGGAUUCAGACGCUUCUCCUCUUCCUCCUAUUUUAUGGGAAAGUCAUAGCCUUGGAGACUGCCAUACCUGAUGCUCCAGCGGUCUUUGCUGGAGCUACUCUGGACGUUGCUACUCCAGAUUAUUCUACUAUAGAAAAGUACGAAUAUAGGCUACAUCACGUGAAGACACCAUCGUAUACAGCAAAGCCUGGUUAUUUUAUAGAAAAGGUGGUAGAAGGAGAUGCUACCGUCUGUGAGUGUUUUCCAAAGGGAGCAUUCAUCAAAGUCACACGAUGCUAUAGAAAAGACCUAUUUGACAUUAUCCAUGUAUAUACUAUAGAUUUAAAUGGUACAAAGAAUGCCUGCUAUUUUCUCAAGAAGGAUGGUAAGUGGUCUUCUCUCAAAGAAGAGGAAUUCUAUGACCACUUUAAUGCACUCUCAAUCAUUAAUCAUGAAUUUAAUGACAAGAUACUCGAUAUCUCCAAAGCUUCUAGUGAUUUGGAAUUGUACGUUAAUGAAUCGCCAAAGUCCCCCUUUGCAGUUUAUGGGACCAGAAGCACAUGUAGAGUCAAGAAAAUUAAGACCAAAAGGAGAUUUGGUACCACAAUAUGGAAGAGAGAGAAUGAUGAAUGGUGUACCAAACUCACCUUUUAUCCCAGAGAGGGAGAUCAUAAACUCCUCUGGAUAGUCACCAAGGAUCCUUAUGAGAAUGAGAAUAUCCUCUACUACUCCAAGAUGAGUGGGUCAUGGAAGUCUGUUGACAAGAAUGGGUAUCUGGAAGACUUAGCAAAGGCUGGCUUUGACAAGUCAACCUUUGAUGAUAGGGUUACUCUGGACAUAUCCAACGUUGACGAUAAAUUCUUCUUCAUUGACAAAUACCAAGUUGACAUUGUAGGACUGAACAGGUACCAUGUUCUUCCGGGAUUUAGAAUGAACAAGGUUGUUGACGGCAAGGAGACUAUUUGGGAGUCUUCGGAUGAUAGAUUCUCUAUCCACUUAAGAUUCAAUGAAAGAGGACCAGAUAUUUCACUUGGUGCUCUAUUUACCACGAAUGCUAGAAAAGAGCACAAGAUCAUUUACCUCCGAAAAAUGAAUGGAAAGUGGGUGACAAUCACAAAGGAUGAGUACUAUGAUGUUCUUUCAGGAAGGGAUAGCCCUAUUUAUACUCAUGAAGUAGACAAGCCAGAUAUAGUCAUGAGUAGUUUUAAGAACAAGCAGGGUCUACGGAUUGCUACCUAUGCCUCCAAAGUGGAGAAGGCAAAUGGAGAUGUAAUUCUGACGCAUGGGCUCCGUGGACACUUUCUUGCUGAUUUUCUUACCUUUGACAUUGACUGGAACUAUGAGCAUUAUGGCUUCGAGAUAUUUCCCUACGGCAGUAUUUUUGAUGAGCCAGUGACUGUCAAGAAGGUAUCCAAUGCAGAACGCUAUAGAUCCUACUUUGAGUACAAGACCCUGGAAGGAAUGAAUCCGCUAGACAUUCUUCACAGGUCUCAAUACAGGACUACAUUUGUAGAGGCUCUUAAUAGACUUGGGUAUAAUGUCUACUGCUAUGACCAUCAGUCACAUGGGUUCUCUGAGGCAAAAACUGAAAAUAGAUGUCAUGUCAAGAAAUUCAUGGAUUAUAUUUAUGAUUUACUUCAGUUUGUGAGUAUAGUGAAAAGAGGUAAGUUUGGAGAUCCUAAUGAAAAGUGGGAUGAAAAUAGCCUCUACAAGAGUUAUACCACUGAUAAAAAGACAUUCUUGUUCGGAUUUUCAAUGGGUGGUAAUGUCAUAUUACGGGCAGUUCAGGAGUUCCACAAGCAUGCAGAAGGGGGAGCAGGGCUUACAGACGGCGUCAUCGCCACCUCUUGCAUGCUAAAUAUUGAUCCAUACUUGGAUAAAUGGUACAAAAGGGCAGUAAAACCAUUCCUUAGGUUGCCAGCAUUCUUUUCGCCAGGGUCCAAUGCUUGGUUACAGUCUCCGUACGAUGUAGAAAUCCAAUUUGAAAGGUUUAAUGAUUACAAUACAGACCCAUUUUACUAUACUGACAUACUUACAUGUAAAACAGGAGUAGACUUUUUUGACGCGUGUGAGCAUCCCUACAAGGAUGAGAAUAUGGCACACUAUCCAAAGAAUUUGCCAUCCUUGUUUGUACAUAGUACAAAUGACAAUCAUUGUGACAUAAAGGGUCCAAGGAAGAUGGUUAAUAAGAGACUCAAGGAUAGUAAAGUUGCCAAACUAGUAGAGUGGAAAGGAUGUGGACACCAUAUGCUUGCUGUUCAACUAGUUCCUAUGUUGGUACCAUUGUUGGAAAAGUGGCUAAAUGAACACUUUCCAGAAACGGUGAAUAUGAAGAGACCAUUACAGGUUACUCAGAAGAAACUCCGUAAUGUUGUACCUAAAGAAGUCGUUACACGACUAGAAGGAACUACUCUUGACCUCUCUAACCCAGACUCUUCUUUAUUCUCUCUGGCUGACGAUCCAAUUCAUGGAGUGAGUCAUAAGGCAUUUGUUCCCAAGGAUGGAUCUUCUGUAGUGACUAUAGUGGACGACGGAGAUACCAUUUGGACUUCUACAGGCCCUAAAGAAGGAUGCACAGGUGCCUACUUAUUCUCCAGGGAAGGACACUCUUCUCUUCUCAGUGUCUAUACAAGGGGUGCCGGAGAUGAGACCUUUUGUUUUGAGAAAGUUGAUGGAGCAUGGAAGAAUGUGGACAAGCUGAAAUUUGAAACUAAACUUCGCUCAAUGAAGGACCUUUCUGCACCCGCCGGUGAAGAGCAUAGAGAGGAAGAUAUGAUUUGCUGAGAUUUAACGCUGUCAAUAGAACAUCAUACUAUUCUAUUUAAACACUGUGCGAAAAGUUUUUGUAAUUUUAAUCAAAUAGGAAGACUUAUAGCUAAACACAUCACGCAAAAGUUGUAUAAACACUUGUCAAUGCAGUACUGCCUUGUGGGCGGAGGAAUCCAGACGGUUGUCUGU